CACAGCUCACCCCACGCCACACCUGUCGGCGGACUUGGCAGGUAUGAAUCGGCAACAUCCCCUGCAAAGUGUCGCAUGGCGACGAAGCCAGCCAAGCUAUGCUUGGAAGCAGGCGUUGCAUCGCGAUAAGCACACGCCGCCGCACGUCUUGGAGCAAGCUUAUCACUCUAAGACACCCUUGGCUUUCUCUUUUCCCUUUCACUUCCCUGAAGCCUGUUCUCUGUUCUCUUUCUUUCCUCCUGGAUGAAACAUUGACAAGUUGUUCAACAUGGCCACAGAAACGGAGAAGAAUAUCCAAGGGGAGAAGUUGCCGGAUCACACUGUUGGUCAUGAUGUCGAACACGGACACAAUGAACAGAAGAGUCUGGCCCGAAAUCUUCAGGGCCGUCAUAUGCAAAUGAUUGCCAUUGGCGGUUCCAUCGGUGCUGGUCUUUUCGUCGGUUCUGGCUCCUCCUUGCAGUCUGGUGGUCCAGCUUCCCUCAUUCUCGGCUUCAUCAUCGUCGGAGUUAUGUUGCUUUGCACGGUCCAGGCUUUGGGUGAACUUGCAGUCCUGUAUCCUGUCAAUGGUGCCUUCUAUCAGUAUGGAGUGCGCUUCAUUGAUCCGGCAUGGGGCUUCGCCAUGGGCUGGCAGUACGCAAUCGGUUGGCUGAUUACUCUUCCUUUCGAGAUCACUGCUGCCGGUAUAACCAUUGAUUAUUGGCACCAUUAUAACAUUGGUAUUUGGAUUGCUGUCUUCCUGACCACCCUCAUCAUUGUACAAUUCUUCGGUGUCAGGGGUUAUGGUGAAGUCGAAUUCUUCCUUGGUGUCAUCAAGAUCAUUGCCGUACUUGGCUUCAUAAUCUUCGGUAUCAUUGUUGACUGCGGUGGCGUCCCCGGCGACGAUCGUGGUUACAUAGGUUUCCGCUACUGGAAUGAUGCCGCACAUGGCAACAAAGCAUUCCGCCACGGAUUCAAGGGCUUCUGCUCGGUCUUCGUCAAUGCUGCAUUCGCUUUCGGUGGGACAGAAUUGGUCGGUCUUGCUGCCGCAGAAGCUGCGGACCCGAGAAAGUCACUCCCGAAAGCCACCAAACAGGUCUUCUGGCGUAUUGCUGGCUUCUAUGUCAUCUCACUCCUGAUUAUGGGCCUUAUUGUGCCGAAUAGCUCACCAGAUCUCCUCAACUCAUCCGGCGCCAACACCAAGGCCUCACCUUUUGUCCUUGCCAUUCAAUACGCUGGGGUCAAGGGUCUUCCGUCCGUGUUCAACGCUGUCAUUACUAUCUCCGUCAUGUCCGUUGCCAAUUCUUGCACAUACGGCUCUACACGUACCAUGCAAGCUCUGGCUCAAGGUGGUAUGGGUCCUAAAUGGCUGGCCUACAUCGACAGGAAAGGUCGACCAGUCUGGCCUGUCAUUAUCCAGAUGGCAUUCGGCUUGUUGGCAUUCAUCAACGAAGCGGAAACCGGCUCGACUGUCUUCAACUGGCUUCUCGCUCUGACUGGUCUGUCAUCUUUCUUCGUCUGGGGUUCCAUCUGUUUCAGCCAUAUUCGCUUCCGCAACGCCUGGAAGGCCGCCGGCCGCACUCUGGAUGACCUACCGUUCAAGUCGCAAGUUGGCGUGUAUGGGUCAUGGGUUGGCUUCAUCCUCGCCAUCCUCUGUCUCAUAGCGACCUUUUAUAUCUCGCUGUUCCCUAUUGGUGGUAAUCCAACUGGAGGCGCUGAGGCGUUCUUUGAGAGUUACCUAGCGGCCCCUGUCAUCAUUCUCUUGUUCGUCUUCUGGAAGCUCUGGACCAACGACUGGAGAUUCGGCGUCAAGACUAAGGAUAUGGAUAUUGACACUGGCAGGAGAGACUUCCACGAAUUGCCGCCACCCGAGGCUGGUGAGAGAAGGGGAAGCCUGCGGAGAUUGAGCAGGGCAAUCUUCUAGACGUAGUCGACGGGUCCAGUGUUGGGGCAAGUGCAGGUCAGAAAGGGACAAUUCCUCGAGGGCGCUGUCCUCCGGUCAAUGUCUUCUCAACCCACUGGCCCGCUGGCUUGACAUUGGAUAAAUUUCUCCAUGUCGGAGCCAUCGAAUCAGGGGUCCCCUUGCAUCCAUCAUGUUGGUCAAGGUAUAAUAUCAAAUAUGUAUGUAGAGACCAAACCCAAAUAUUAGGCAUGCAUCCAGUAUGAAAUAACUUUAGGUAGAAGUCAG